AUGGGAUAAGCAUGCUGUUAAAAAUUGAAUUAUCUUCCAAGCAUAGGCUAACAACCAGAACCAUUAUAUACUCACACUUAUAAUGAUGCUCAAUUUUUGACUCCUGAACAAACAUAACCAAAUGAGAUCUCAAAUGCAUCAUUCUUAUUCAAUUUUAAUAAUUAAACUCAUACUCUGGAUUUGGGCUUUGGAAGUAAUGUCUUUUUUUGUGAAUAACCUCCUUAAAUAGAGAAUGAAAUUGUAUUGCUCACAUUAUCAAAUCGUGGUAAAUAUAAGUUGCCAAAAGAACUAAAUCUUAUAGAUGUUACAUUCUACCCACCUAUUGUAAUAUUUUUAUUAACCUUCAAGCAAUAUAAGAAAACCAAUAAUGUUUAUGUUGGAGGUUGGAAAAAUUAUUAGAGAAAUGGAUAUGGAUUACAAUAUUGGCCUACGGGAGCUUUUUAUGAGGGGGAAUGGAAGGAUAAUAAGGCUAAUGGAUAAGGAAGAUUGAUCCAUUCUGAUGGAGAUAUGUAUGAAGGGGAAUGGAAAGACGACAAAGCAGAUGGCAAAGGAACCUUUUAUCACUUUGAUGGAGUUAAGUAUACUGGUGAUUGGUUAGACGAUCUACCUCAUGGAUAAGGCAAGGAAGAAUGGCGUGAUGGAACUGAGUAUGAAGGAACUUUUAGUUAUGGAAAAAAAGUUGGAAAAGGCACAUACAAGUUUGCUGAUGGUGGUGUGUAUGUAGGCGAUUUUCAAGACAAUCAGAUGUAAGGAAAAGGCGUCUAUACAUGGCCAGAUAAGCGAGUUUAUGAUGGUCAAUGGGUCUAAGGGAUAAUGGAAGGCAAAGGAAGUUUAAUUUGGCCUGAUGGUAAAAAAUACGUAGGGCAAUACGUUAAUGGUAGAAAAGAAGGGUAGGGAACUAUGAAUUUUGGGGAUGGAACUUAAUACAUAGGGUAUUGGAAAGAUGGAUAAAUGCAUGGGUUAGGAACAUUUUAAGGCAAAAAUGGAAUCACUUCAGGAGAAUGGUAUGAAGGCAAACUCAAAGUAGAAUCACAACAACUUUGA